CGCACGCGCGCACACACACACACACACACACACAGCGCCGUGUGAAUGUCGCCGUGUUUCUUUCAAGUCAAUCUCCAUCAACACGCGUUUCUCCGCCGCUCGUUUUUCGCAAAAUCUGCCAGAUUUUCCUUUGCGACGCUGCAAAACAGCCGCACUUCGGGUUUCAACUGUGUUUACUGACAAAUCGCGCCGCACUGGAACUAUGAGCUUCAGCGGUCGGCGGGAGAGAGAGCGGCGGCUGCCCGGUUCAGGCGAGCCCUCCCCGGUGUGAGAGUCAAAUCGAGGCCGCUGUCGCUGCGGCCUAGUGCGGGCGGUUUAAUGUUUCACUCGACAACCCAGAACAGCGCUCCGGCUCCAUCAGGAACAGCAAUGGCUUCUUGUGAUGACAGAUUGACGUUGAUUGACAGAUGAUGCUGGCGGUAAGGUUACCUGUGCAGGUGAGCGAGGCCCUCAGCAUCACGGCGGGAGAAUGAAGCUUCAUUCGGACUCGUGCGAGGACGCACACGAAUGUGAAUCCGCAUCACACGCCUCCCCGGACAUGAACCCGAACCUCCGUUUGACCUUGACCUCCUGCAACGGUUCGACUGACCAAUCAGGGCUGGAGAAUCUCACGGCACACUUGGACGACGAGGACGAUCUCACGCCCGAGAUCCAGCAGGCCUUCAGAAUAUUUCAGAGCUUCCUCUCAGAGAAGCAUAAGUGCAUCACGGCCCCGUUCUGGUGUCCCAUGGGCCCCGGGGACCACGCCGAGAUGUGCUUCAGAAAGAUGGACGAUAAGUUCGUGAAUCACGAGUACGAGUCCAUCACGGCGUUCGUGUCAGAUUUCAGACUGAUGCUAGAGAACUGUUACCGCUUUCACGGCGUCGAUCACUGGAUCUCCAAACAGGCCCAGAAAUUGGAGAUCAUUCUAGAGCAAAAGCUGACCUUGUUGUCCAGGUGAAAGGAAAAAUCAAUGGCGAGGAGUUUGAGAUGAGACAUUGCAUGCAAAACCAUUGGUUUUCAUGCAAUGGUCAGUUUUGAGAUUUUAGAUUAUUAUUGAUUUGUCACUGUUAGAAAUAACAACGAGAUAACUUCAGAGCAGCCUACGACGUAAAAGUGCAAUAAGAAUCCAUAAAGUGCAAGCCAAAUUAUUGUCAUCUUUGGCUUUUCAUAAUGUGUUUUAUUUUCAGACUAGUGAAAAGAAGACAUGCAAAAUGCACUUAAGUUUUAAUUUUAUUGCACUUUAUCUGAAACGGGUUUAACAGCAUCUUGUUGAUCAUUUAGAGGCUUUGCGUAUAAAAUAUGAUGCAUUAGGUUAUAUAGGGUUAGAUAUGUAAAG